AUGCUUCAUUGUCAAUUUCUGUUGGCAUUUAUCGCCUGCAUCUUCUUUUGUAAUAUUGAAAGUGCUGUUGUGCGCUAUGCUAAAGACGAAAAUGUGAUUACAGGCAAAGUGACACAUCCAGAAGCGAAUACGGCUGAUUUGAAUGUAAAGGCCCAUGUUGAACUCCGUGAUACAAAGCUCCAAUCGAUCAACGAUCCAACAGCGUCAAGCAUGCAGCAACAACCGAAUGAACUUCAGGGCAUUGUCCAAAGUAUGAAAUCCACGGAGCUUCAUACGGAUAAGCAAAUAACCUCAACUUUCGCUGAUAUUCUCUGUCGAGGUCAAAAUCCUGAAACUGUAAUCCCGUUGGAGAUGGGUCGUAAAUUCGUUGUUUGCCUCUAUGAUGGGUAUAGUGUUGAGCAAUCGUGUCCCAGAGGUCUUUAUUACAACAAUGACACACGCCGAUGUGAACGCAAAUCAGAUCCCGUGAGAAAUCCAUGUGCCUCGCACCCAUGUCUCAACGGUGGUCAAUGUAUCCCAACUGAUACCAUCUCAUACCGGUGUCAAUGUCCAUUUGGUUUAGGUGGGGAUGUUUGUGAACUGGAUGUCUAUGCGUGUGAAACUCUAAAACCAUGUGGUAAAACAUCCGAUUCACGCUGUCAGUCGUUCCGAUUAGAUGCUGCUCUGAAAUAUGUUUGCAUCUGCAAUCAAAAUACCUUGUAUGGUCUUAACUGCCAAGAAGUUCAUGACAACCCAUGCCAAGGUGUUAAUGGAACUCAUCUAUUGACUUUCAGCGAGAAAGGUUUUGCUAUGUGUGACGGUGAGAAUACAUGGGUAGAAUCGUGUCCGGGUGGCACUAUUUGGGAUCAACUGAACGUAGCUUGUGUCUGGCCCGAUAUGAAAGGUCUCAGUUUGGAUACUCAAGAACAGACAUGA